UAUUGCCCGGGAAAUUUUGCCCGGGGAAUACAAACAAACACGCGGGUUCGUGACUGUCUUGAUUAACUCAAGAGGCUCGGACUCUGCUCCGUUAACCGAAGCAACCUCGACUUUUAUCUGUUAAAAUGCCUGCAACCUCUGAAAUGCACACCGAGGGGGUGCGGAGAGAUGCCGCCUCUCGGACGGACGAGAAGCCUGCAGUGGAGAAAGAGGAGAAGAAGUUCGGCUUUCUGUGUGAUGAACGCGGAUAUUUGAGUCUAGCGGAGCACAUCAUGGAGCACGGCUGCAGGAAGGGAGACCGAACCGGGACAGGAGUCCUGUCUUUGUUCGGAGCUCAAGUCCGAUACAACCUACGAGACCAGUUCCCAUUAUUGACAACUAAGAGAGUUUUCUGGAAAGGCAUCCUGGAGGAGUUGUUGUGGUUUAUUAAGGUGACGACGAUGGGGAAACCCCCUCUUGAUUCUUCAUUUUUCUAUGUUUCACCAGGGCUAACGAGGCUGUUGCAUUUGUUUUGUACGACGCAGGGAUCAACAAAUGCCAAGGAGCUGUCAGAGAAAGGAGUGAAGAUCUGGGAUGCCAACGGGUCCCGUGACUUCCUGGACAACCUGGGCUUCACAGAGAGGGAGGAGGGGGAUCUGGGACCUGUGUAUGGUUUCCAAUGGAGGCACUUUGGUGCAGAGUACAAGGACAUGCACACAGAUUACACAGGACAAGGUGUCGACCAGCUACAAAACAUCAUCGACACCAUCAAGAAAAACCCGGAAGACCGACGGAUCAUCAUGUGCGCCUGGAACCCCAAAGACCUCCCCAUCAUGGCGCUGCCCCCCUGCCAUGCCCUCUGUCAGUUCUACGUCUGCGACGGGGAGCUGUCCUGUCAGCUGUACCAGCGCUCCGCCGACAUGGGUCUGGGCGUGCCUUUCAACAUCGCCAGCUACGCACUUCUCACCUACAUGAUUGCACACAUUACGGGACUCAAGCCCGGUGACUUUGUCCACACUCUGGGAGACGCUCACGUCUACCUCAAUCACAUCGAACCUCUGAAAGUGCAGCUCCAGAGGGAGAUUCGCCCUUUUCCAACACUAAAAAUCAAGAGGCAAGUGGAAAGCAUUAAUGACUUCCAGGCAGAGGACUUUGAGAUCUGCGGCUACAACCCACACCCCACCAUAAAGAUGCAGAUGGCCGUGUGAGACCUGAAAUUGGCCGUGUGUGCCUUUUAAACUUAAGACUGUGGUUCCCACCAGGCUGUUUUGCCUAAUUUAGGGGGAAAAUUGUUCUUUUGCUCCAGAAGAUGUUUUCUACUGUUUGUUGGUUCUUGACUAUCUUUUUUUCCUUUCCUGUAUUAUAACU